UUCGCGGCCGGAAUUGAAAUGUUGAAGGUCACCGCUUCCACAUGAAGAGAGGACUGUUCAUUAGUUGAGGGAAAAUUUCUGUAUCGUAGCGGAAAAGAAGCAGUGAAAAUGGAGGAGAAGGAUCCAGAUUCCGUCACUCAAACGCAUCGUUCUUCGAUUAAGACUCAUCCUCGUUACAACAAUCAUCAGUCAUGGAAGGAGAAGCUGAAGGAGAACUGUUGCAAGAGGGUCAGAGAAGGAAGAAACCGCUUGCUCUGGAAGAUGAGGUCGCCCGGUUAUCUCCAUUCUCUCGAUGAUCGGCAGCAGGAUUUCAUCAGAUCUUCUUUUCAAGAUAUAUUUUCUGAUGAGCUGAAAAAGAUUAAAGACGAAGCUGAGAAUGAAUGUUAUAAGAAUUUAACCUCUGCUCCCGAGUCUGAUGAUGCUCUUUGGGAAUAUGAGGGGCUUCAUGAUGCUUAUGCAGGUGAAGGUGAAGAAAUUUUGUUGGAAAUGCAAAGGAUUUUCUAUGAGGAUUUGAAUGUUGAUCUGAAACAAAAAGAAUCUGAAGGCCCUAUUGUAACAUGGGAAGACGAAGAAGACAAGUUCUUAGCCCGUGCAGUUUACGAACAUAUGCAACUCAACAGUGAGAAGGAUCUUGGGAAGUUAUGGUGUCCUAUUUGUAAACAAGGAGAUCUGCAAGAGAACAAACACUUCAUACAUUGCACUCACUGUGGAGUUCAGCUUAACAAAGGCAAUGAGGUUACUCUGGACCUCCUCCGUUCCCGAUUGGCCGAUGUGCAUGCUGAACAUCUCGAUCGAGGUUGCAGGUUGAAACCUAUGUUUUGUGUUGAGAGUAGAUUUAACAUAACUGCAUUAUAUAUCUCUUGUAAAAGCUGCAACACAUUUGAGGUUGUCAUAUAGCAUUGUUAAGAAGCAGAUCCCUUCAGGCUCAGUUGUGUGAUUAAAAUUGGUUUUAUUAGUUAUGACAGAAUGAUUACCAACAUUUUUGAUG